UAAAUAUUAAUGAUAAUAUCGAUGCCAAGCCUGAUUACCUAUAAAUUUUUUUUCGUUAACAUUGGCAACGAAAGCAUAAUAUCGCAAAACCGCAAGAUGAAAUUAUUAUGCAAUUUCCACUCAUAGAUAAAUUGCUUCGAUUAUUACAAAUUCCAAUAUGAAUGCAUGCAAUCUUAUAAAAAUGAGAAACCGCUAAGCGACAAUUUCAGUCCACUGCUUGCUUGCUCCCGAAACUGUAUGCGCAGUGAAACUUUGUUAUCAUGUCUGCCUACACGAAUUUCGCCAUCAUCAAAAUAAGAAUUAUUUUCACUUUGCUGCAGGAACUGGCUAUUGCACGUGGUAUAAUUGUAGAGCGAAAUCUACAUGCCUACUACAAGUUGCCCAUAAAGCCAGCGCAAUAUACUAUUCCGCAAGAAUACCACAUUCUACAGUGUCCAUACCAAAAUACCAGUGCUAUACCAACGCCAGAGAAUAUGGACAUCUGUGUGAUUAUUAACAGUUACAGAGAAGAGAUGAAGAAUGCAACAACUACUCAUACAACAAAGAGUCCUUUGCAUACAAAAGUGAAAUACCAAAUGCCAAGAAAGUAUAGAGACGUUCCUAUGCAAUUGACGAAGAGACCUAACACGCAUCCAUAUAUGAUAGUCAUUAGACCAAUGCGAAUGGGCACUGAAUCGAAUUGUCGCUAUGCUAAAAGAUUGAGAUUAAAGCCGUUGCCAUACUAUGUCGAACACUUGGGAAUAGUGAAAAAAGACAACUGUCGAACGUUGGUGCAACAAUCACCUUUGCAAAGCGUAAAACCGCCGGACCAAAGAACGGCCAGUGCAAGAGGUAGAUUAAAUAUUGUGGCAAAAGUGAAACCAAUCACGGAGCAUGUGGAAGAAAAUGUAGGAGAAAUUGUCGAAAAAGUAGCAGAUAACAGUGCAGUCGAUUCGAAAGCUGAAGCUUCAAUGGAUAGCGAAGAGGCCAAAUCGCAAUCAGAGUCUGAAGAGGAAUACGCUGACUAUGGUGGACAUAACAAAACAUUUGCAAAGGAAAGCAUUUUAGCACCAAAAACAUCAGUUCUUAAAUAUCUUGGCACCAAAGAUGCCAUCGAAAAACUCAGUAAGCUCCAUUCCAGAGAUCGAACGUUGCCUAUGGAAGGUACUGAAAGGUAUUUUGCUGAACACAACGAUUUGCAGCGAGGUGAAAAGGCGCAUGGUUUUCAAAAUUAUUAUCAUCGUGAUGAAAUUUUCAAUGAUCACAUCUUCUACGACGAUUUGCAGCAGCAGGGAGAGUACGUUAAUCGCGAUCGUGCUUGA